GGUAUCAUAUAUGCAUACAUAUAUCACAUAACAACAAAAGGCAACAACAUGAGCUGCUGCCGUUUAUGGUACGGAGGCAGUGCUUAAGUUAGCAAAACAGAGAUUAACCAUAGCAUCAGCUCUACUGAAACAACAAUGUUUAAUCCACUACGAAGUACAAACCCUACUCAAGGGAAACAAACAACUCUCCAGGUCAAUCAACAUUUGGUAUACAGGAAAAGCUCAGAGAGAUUCAAUGCAUAAAUAACGUGGACCUGGAAAAAAGGUCAGAGAUUCAGAAAUUGUAAGGACAACAUGCAAGCAAGCAAGCAAGCACGUGGAAAGAAACAGAGGGGCCAAACCGACUGUGUUCACUUUGCUUCGUCGCUAAAGCCUCCGGCCGCGUUCCUUCUGCACAAGAAUCCGAUCCCCAUCCCCAUACCGCCAAACCAGUUACAACUCUCCUCCUCCUACCCCGGCGAAUCUCGACCUGGACAAAGCAGCGGCCGGCCGACGCCGGCGCCAACGGACGGGGGAUCCCAUCCCAUGGAGGAGGCCUGCGAGAUCGCGCGCCUGCCGGAGGAGCUCCUCUCGGCGGCGCUGGCCCGCACGUCCCCGCGCGACGCCUUCCGCGUGGCCGCCGUCUCCCCGGCCUUCCGCGCCGCGGCCGACUCCGACGACGUCUGGGCCAGCUUCCUGCCCCCCGGCGGCCUCCCGCCGCUCGCCGACGGGGAGCUGCCCCCGCCCUCGUCCAAGAAGGAGCUCUUCCUCCGCCUCUCCGCCGGCCCCGUCCUCCUCCAGGACAGGCUCGUGAGCAUGUGGGUGGACAGGGAGGCCGGCACCAAGUGCUACAUGCUGUCCGCCUGGAACCUCCAGUCCGUCCUGUCGGGGGACACGCCCGAUUACCCGAGACGGGUCCCACUCGACGACUCUUCUAGAAACCACAAGUCGCUCGGUUCGCUCGUUUUAAGUGGGAUUAUGACAGGUGGGGCCUGCUUUUGUCGACGUGGCAUAACUGUUCAUCCGUUUCACUCGUUAGACGUCGUGAGACGCCGUGCGCGGGCCGACUCGAGCCGGAACCCUUUUGACCGGUCCCUCCCUCGAAUCGUUACAGGCCCACCCACCCCAACCCUCAUUCGCUCGCGCUCUCUGCCCCACUCGUUCGCCGCCGUCGACCCGUCCACAUCUCCGACCGCCGCCGCCGCCACCGCGUCGCCAUGGUUUCCUGGAGUGAGGAUGAUGACAGCAGUGAAGAUCCCUGCUACCACGAAUGACUCCGAAUUCGAGGGCAAUGAUUAUGUUUUGUGCCAUGAACACCGGAAGCGAGCAGAAAGACUUGUUGCUUUCGAGGGCAUCCAUACUGGCAGGAGGUUCCUUGCUUGUGCUGUGAAGGAUGGUAAAAAUUGUGGACUAGUUGAAUGGGUUGAUCCAUCUUGGCCAGCUAUAAUGGAGAAUGCACUGUCCAAGUUGUGGGAUAUGUAUGAGCAGUCCAAGAGAAACAGGAUUGAGGACAACCUGAUGAACUCAUUUGCUGUUCACAAACUGACACAAGAGAAGAUCAAGCUGCAGGCCAGUUAUGACAAGUUGGUUGGAGAUGUUCAAGCCCUUUUGGAUGAGAAUGAGAGGAGGGCCCAGAUGGAAAGGAAGCCUGAUGAGAGCAAGCUCCAGGAGAAGUAUGACAUGGUUAAGAACCUGACAGUAUCUCAAGCCAGUGUCAUUAGGAACAUGAAGUUGAAGCUUGCUGAAGAGAAGACUAAGUUGCAGGCCCAUAUUGAUGAGCUUGAGAAGGUUGUGGAGCAGACCAAGGCCAAGCUGAAUGGGAUCAAGGCAAUCUUAGAUGAAUGAGCCACAUUGGGCAGUAAUGGUCAUGGAGUUCAUGGUCAUGUAUGGAUCUCCUUAUUAGUUAUGUAAUGGUCCUGUAUGGAUCUCCCAAUUAUGCUACUUAUUAGUCAUGUAUGGAUCUCUAAAUUAUGCUACUUAUUAGUUAUGUAAUGUUCAUGUAUGGAUCUCCAAGUUAUGCUACAUAUUAGUUAUGUAUUGCUUAUCU